CGGCGAGAGUGACGCCUCCAUGGCCAGAGUGAUGCUCAACAUUUUUCUGGGAAACAACAAACACUGUAGGGACGGCUCCUGCCUCUACAGUGACCAUGUUGUAUAGUCUUAAUUCACACGCGGCCGCAACAUACCUGACUUCAAUAAAGAUGACUUAUACACCUGUUGUGUGUGUCUGUUAAGGAGAGGAUGUAUUAACAUGGCUGGUCUGAAUGAAAUUGUAAAUCUAGCAAGUCAUAUUCCUCCUGGAGAUCAGAAAGUCGCUGCUGAGUUUUGGUUCGCCGCUCUCAAACAAAUCCAGACACUGUGGAGUAAAUCUUCACCUGUGCUAAUUGACAAGAAUGCAGUGAGACAGUUUCUAUGUGAUGACUCUCCCACAACAGCUGAGAGUACAACAUUUCACCACAUAACUGCUGGUAAGAACGUUAACACCCAUAAUAUCAGUCUGUCAUUAGGCCCAGAUACCGAUCCUGCCGAUGCCAAGUUAUCCAAGAGCGUGAACAGAGAAUGGAAGAGGAGCAUUUCUCAGCCACAGUCGGAGCUACUUGAUGUCCCCAAGAGAAUUAAGGAAGAAAAUAAAGACGACGACGAGAGAAGGGGAUAUUAUGAUGAAACAAACGUGAAGACCGUGGUGAAGCAAGAAAUAAUAAACACCCAGGAAAAUGAGAGACAAGAGAAGAUAAAGAAGAAUAACCCGAAUGAGGUACAGUCGGUUCACUUGAUGAUUUCUGCCGACCCAGUCCUGGUGCCCAACAUGAACAAAUUCAAAAAGGUUUAUAAAAAUGAGAUAACGGGCAAGACGGAGACGGCGUACCAGUGCGAAAAAUGCCCCAAACAGUGUCGAACAGCUUUAGCCUUGUACAAACAUAGGUCUUCACAUACCAAGAGUUUAGAGUGUCCAGUUUGCCACCAAAGACUGUCAAAUCGUCACGCUCUUAAUGCUCAUAAGAGAACACACACUGGAGAGAGGCCAUACGAAUGCACCAAAUGUUCCUCAAGAUUUACUACCCGAGGUAAUCUUGCCCGUCACAUUGCCAGCCACGACGGGGAGAAGCCUUGGCAGUGUGCUAUAUGUGGCAAGAGAUACACUGAGAAGAAGUCCCUGAAGAUACAUAUGCGCACACAUACUGGAGAGAAACCAUACGCGUGCACACAGUGUCCCAAGAGGUUUUCACAGUCAGGUAUUCUUCAGGCACACAUGUUGAUCCACACUGACCAGUUUUCUCACCUGUGUGACAUAUGUGGACGGUCCUUUAGACAGCGAUCCCAGCUUAUCACCCAUCACCUCCGUCAUGAGGGAGUUCGUCCCUUUGCCUGUCCAGAGUGUGAGAGGAGAUUUACUACAAAAGGAGAUAUGGAAAGACAUCUGAGAACACAUACAGGUGAACGCCCAUUCCGCUGUGAUGUGUGCGGAGCGUCAUUCGCUCGACCCCAGACUCUUCAGGAGCAUAAGAAUCGUCACUAUAACUUCAAGCCUUAUGUGUGCAAGAUCUGCGGAAAGAGCUUCCAUGAACUAGCUGCUUGUUCACGUCAUGUAAAGGGUCUGCACGGUAGAGGGAAGGGGAACACUCCUGCCUCGGCUAACAUACUUCGCCUCACCAACGCUGACCAACAACAUGAUGAAGUUGGGAAGCAGAGUAUCCUUAUCACUCAACUGAAUGUGGGAAAUGAAGGAGACAUCAACACUCAUAUAGAAGAGAGAGAGAAUGGUGGAGAGGGUCACGUCAGAGAAGAAAACGAAGGCGUCGAGGAGGUGGAGGAAGAAGGGGAGAUAAAGCAUCAUAUAUUUGUCAUGCAUACCACGGACAGUGAGGAGACAGAGCUCAUCACCAUCGCCGAGCCGUCCAACUCACUCAGUGAUAACAAUACCAGUGAAGGUUCAGCUGUGUCGUGUGAAGGAUGUGGCGCCUUGAUGUCUUCAGUUACAGUGCUGAGAAAUCAUGCCAGACACUGUAAAGGUCAACAAGGAGGAGUAUCAGUGGCAGAAUGGCUAGUCCACGGUCGUAGGGACAGUCCAAGUAACGGCAUGGAGAUUACCGUGGGGGAUGACGACAGAGGUGACGGAGACCUGAGUCGUGUAGAGGAGACAAAUGGAGGACUGGAGUGUGUUGAAGAAGUGGACGGCACCAGCCUGAGUCACGCUGUCACCAUCAGUGAAGACGGCAGCAUUACCUCUGUGCCACUCUCUCAACUAGCACCAAUACAUCUCCAACUUGAGAAUGACUACAUGGUGGUUCUGAGUAAUGGCACCAGAACAGAGGAGGAGACAUCUGCAGCCUUUCAGCCUCAAGAGUUACAACAGGUAGAGGAAGCACCACUGACAGUCUCAGACUCUGAAACCUCACAGCCAAGAAUUACCCUUGUGUCGUCCUUGCUCACCCAGUAGAGUACAAAUACACACUUUCACUUGUAUACCACCUAAAAAAAAGAUAGGAACAAAUCUUAGUAAUCAGGUAUAGCCUUGGACAGUUUGCCUCUAAUAUUUACUAUACUCUAGACCAGAUUGUAUUUAAUUUAAGAGAAACUAUUUUUAAAGUACUGUAUAUAAGGCAGUAAGAGAUACAUAGGUAUACUUCCCCUUAAUGUUAGUGAACGAUGAGUUUUACAUUGUGUUAUGGUGGACUUGUUUUAAUGUUCUUUCCGUGGUGGUUUGUCAUUAUGAUAAAUACACCGGUGCUUUAAAGAUGUUCCAUAAUGAUAGUAAACAGACUUAUAAUGCACUUGAUUAGAAACAUCCUCAUUAAUAAUAUCUCUAUGAAUUAGCUAUCUUGUGCUGUUUUAAAUGGGGAAAUGUUGCCAAAGUUGACUCCAGUACAACAAUGUGACACAGUAACUACAGGAUUUGAAUUUGAUGUAAGUAUCCAUUUGAAGUCAAGCUAACGGUGCUGCCACGAUGAUGGUUUUACUCGCAUCAGACUUAUACAUCAUCACAAAUACUUUAUAACUUUGCUUAAGCUCUCCAUUGUGAAGUCUUGUAUAUCAUGUAGAUUGCAGGGCGAACCAGGGCACUACUGUCACGAUCUCACUAGUCUAGGCAUAUGCAGCAGUAUUCUCGUUAAGCUACAGAGGAAACGAGUCAACUCUGUGGAAUUAUUAACUGAAGUCGUAAAGCUCCAUGAUGCAGAAUUAUUCAGGGUGUUGUUAUGUUAAGUUGUAAGAACAGUACUUGGAUGACUUACAGCCUGGUGGAAGUACUGUAGCACCAUGGAUGCCUUGUUUUGUCUUCCAUUGGUAAUUUCCUCUUUUUAGCCACAGUGUAAUAAAUUGGUGAUCAAACCCUACACAUUCUCUCUGAGGUUUGCUUUUAUGUUCUUAACCUUCAAUACCAAGUCCUCCUAUUUCCUUUUUCACACCUCACAAUUUGUAUGUGUACAGUGUAGUAGCUCUUAUUAUUUACACAGUUUAUUCCUUAAACAGCAGCCAUCAUCAGUGGAAGUUAGCUGUAGGGAUGGCAGCCAUCAUCAGUGGAAGUUAGCUGUAGGGAUGGCAGCCAUCAUCAGUGGAAGUUAGCUGUAGGGAUGCCAGCCAUCAUCAGUGGAAGUUAGCUGUAGGGAUGGCAGCCAUCAUCAGUGGAAGCUAGCUGUAAGGACAGCGGUCAUCAUCAGUGGAGGUUAGCGUUAGCUGUAGGGACGGCAGCCACCAUCAGUGAAUAUUUCAUGUUCCUUGAAUUCUUUUUUUUUUAUUCAUAUGAUGGGAGGGGGGAUGGUGAAUCCUUUGCUGCCAAUUAAGGGUUAAUGUCCACAGGAAGCAAAUGGUAAUUGACACACCUACACAUUUGUGUCAGUCCUCAUCUGCUUAACAAAAUCAGCACCAAAUUCUCUGAGGAUGGACUGUACUGUACUGUAGUUGGGUUUGUGAAGCUUAGAGGUGGUGUGUGAGCGUUAGUAACCAGUGUUGUGAUGGAAAUCCCCUGUGUACCACCUAACUCAUAAUGGACUAAUGAGAAAUAUGAUAAUUUUAUAUUGAACAUUUGUUUGGAUGUUUUGUGAUGUGGUUUUAGCAUAUUCUGUAAACACUUUUGUAGUUAUUUGUGAAUUUCUUGUCAUUUAAGUCACUGACAUGAAUAUUAACUUAAGUGUGUAAGUUAUAUGAUACAGUAUUUAUAUUCUUUACGUUUGUCAUUGAAUAUAUUUUUUGCGAAUCAUUGUCAUUGUGUUUGCUCUAGGUACAAAUUAACAUGAUGUGAUAAAAUAGUACUAUAGGCAUUGUUGAAAAUACCAAUUUGUAUAUAAUUACCUGCAUAAAGUUGUAUGUACAAGACAAGAUAUUGAAAUAAAUUACUAAAUGAAUCGG